GGCGGGGUCAUAUGGGCGGGUAUUUCACUGCUGUCACUGAUAGUCGUAGGAGCUGGUUGAAGACCUGAGAUACAUAAAUGAUGGCCCUCAGUGUUGAAGACAGAGCUGUUGGGGCGAUUAUUGGGGCGGCAAUAGCAGAUGCAGCAGCCCAGCCUCUUCACUGGAUUUAUGAUCUUCAGAAGCUGGAUGCCCUCUUGUCUGAAUGCCCCUGCCCAGAAUUCCGAGCUCAGUCUGCCAACCCAUUCUAUCGUAGGGUAACUGGACAGCAGAGCUGCUAUGGGGAUCAGGCCUACGUUUUAGCUGAGUCUUUAGCAGAAUGUGGAGGUCUUAAUGUGGAGGAUCUUACACAACGCACAUACAAGCUCUUUGGACCUGGCUCUGAAUAUGACACUCCAGUUAAUAAUCCUGAUCGUCCCAAGGGAGGUCCUAGACCCCAACUCCCCAUUGAAGGACCCUGGAGACAUGCUAGCAUCAAGAGCUUCAUAAAGAACUUUGAAGCCGGGAAGAAAGAAACAGGCUGCAUCAACGAUGAACAGAUAGAUGGCAUUACAAAGUUGGCUCCAGUUGUAGCUCUGUAUGCUGGAAAACCAGAAAUGUUGGAGAAAGUUGAGGAGGCAAUUCGAGUCACACAGAACAGUGAUACCUGUGUGGCAGAGACAUUGGCUGCCGCAAGACUCCUGGAAUAUUACAUCCUGCAUGGUCCCGAUGAGAAGGCCCUGGAUAGUGUGAUAGAGCAGCUCAUGGACAAGAAUAGAAUGAACCCUCAGGAUCUAGACAGAGCUGUGGUUGGGCAUUUUCAGCAAGUGAAGGACAAUCUCUUUAAGUCACCCAAAGAGGUGAUACCUGCAGUGUUCACAAACACAUGAGCCUUGCCCGGUGCAUUCCAGGCAGCGCUGCAUGGAGUCCUGACUGAAAGCGUGUUCGAUCAGGCCGUCCGUAACACCAUGCGCUGUGGGGGUUGCACCUGCAGCAGGGGCUCUUUCAUUGGGGCCUGUCUGGGAGCUCAGCUUGGAUUAUCAGGAAUUCCAGAUUUGUGGAAGAAUAAAACACUCAGAUACCCCAUAUUGCUGGAACUUGCAAAGAAGAUUGCAAAAAUACAUGGAUCCUAAUGCCCGCUUGGUGCUUUCUGAAAUACUCCCUGAAAUAAUCUUUUUUUUUUUUCACAGUGUACCAAUAUUUCUCAGUAUAAUGCUACAUUUGCAGUUUGAUAUGAAUAGUUAAUGAAAGUUCAUACUCAAAGAUUAGAAGGUGGGAACUUGAUGUACAAGUCCUGUUCAAUUUAAGCUGUAUUAUGUAGCCUUAACUGCAUGGAAUUGAUCAGCAUUGGAAUUACUGGUUACAAUUUUCAACUUCUUAUCUGUCCUUUUUUUAUUUUUGUUUUUCACAAAUUAAAAUAAUUAAACAUGAA